AUGACUUACGAACGUCCCCGCUCUCGAGGCUACUUCGAACGUGACCGUAACGGUCACGAACGUAUCAUCUUUCGCUCAAACUCCAACCUCCGUCGUUCCACCUCACGUUCGCGUCGCUCCCCCUCUCAAUCUCGUACCACUUCCCGCGAAAUAGCAAACGAACUUGAAGAACGCAACGCUGAACUAAAUGCCGUUACCGAAUCACUCAGAACAGAAUUAUCUGUUGUGGAAACAAGAAAUUGGCAAUUGAAUAAUGAUAAUAGUGCACUGAGAGAAAUUAUUAGGAUAUUGAAUGCGGAUAAGGAAGUUGUGACGAUGGAGAAUGAAAAGAAGAGAAGGGAAAUUCAAUUUUUGGAGGAGAGGAUAGAGAAGUUGGAGGGGAAGAGGAAAAAAGCUGAGGUUAGGGGGGAGAAGGCGGAAGAGAGGAUUAGGAUGAUGAGGAGGGGGUUGACUGGGAGGGGAAUUUUAAGUGAAGGGGGACUUAAAGAGAGGUUGGAGGAUAAGAUUGAAGAGGUGGAAAGACUCCAGGAGUUGGUUAGAGUUAUGAAUGCAAAGGUUGUGGAGAGGAAUAUGUGGUUGGCGGAAAAGGAUAAUAAGUUGGGGUUUUUGAGGAGGUGGCUUGUUGCGAGGGGAUUUCAUGUUGAGGGGGUUUGA